GAGAUUUUGAAAUUUCGCCACGCUUUUGGCUCAGUUCGCUUCGCGUUGAUGACGCAAAAGUGUAAACAAAACCCCGCGAUGAGUGCUUUUCGGAAGGUUUCCUCGUUUGUCCUGGCCACAGGCUCAUGCCUGGUCACUUCUUUUGCGCUCCUGAAGCUGGCGCUAUUCCUCUCCACGCCAGGAGAAGUGCGCCUGGAGAAGGUGUGGUUCUACAACUUCCUGGACAAUGCGACACUCACGAAUGAGAUUCUGUCCACGGUUGUGAUGGAUUUGCUGCUGCUGAGCCUCUUCAUCCUGCCGCACAGCCUCCUCAAAGCGGACGCCGUGAAGGCCUUCUUCCACCGACGCGGAUUGGCGACCUGGGAGAGGAGCACUUACUGCCUGAUGAGCUCCUGCACGUUGCUGGUGUUGAUGCACAACUGGGCCUCCGCCCCGGGGCUCAUCGUGUGGCGCUUGGAUGUGGCGAAGCAGGACAGACUGUGGUGGGUAUUUGUGCUGCUGCACGGCUUCGCCUGGGCCAUUGUCUGCGGAGGGAGUUUGAUUAUGGAUUUGCCGGAGAUUCUGGGCGCUAAGCAAAUUCACCACGAGGCUAAUCAUCUGGCGCCGCCCAUCCUGUACAAGACCGCCGAGUUGAGACGCUUGUACGGUCACGUGCGUCAUCCCUCAUUCGUCUGCAUCACCGUCAUUCUCUGGGCAGUGAACAUCCUGACGCUGGAUCGUCUCCUCUUGAACGUCCUGCUGACACUGUACAUGUACUUGGCCUGGAACACCGACAGCCAGGACUAUCAGUACCACAAGGGUCAGCUGUACAGGAAGAAGUACGAGCUCUCUUUGAAUUUGUCUGAAAAAUAA